AUGUCAGACACAGAUGAAGACAAGCCAACAGGAGAAUCCUCAAAGUUAAGGACAAACAAGAACGUUACUGUGGUGUUCAAACUGAACGGGAAGAAUUACCCGUUGUGGGCGCGGCUGAUGAAAGUCGCAAUUGGAAGCAGGAGGGGAUACUCCCACAUCUACGACGAACCGCCGGAACCAAACAGCAAGGGCUACCGGGAUUGGGAAGAAACUGAUUUGAUAGUUUUUUCUUGGAUCGUCGAUAAUAUCGAAAAUGAUAUUAUCGCCGAUUUCGCUCACCAUCAAACGUCCAAAGCCUUGUGGGACAAUCUCGCAAUCACCUUCGAAAGCAAGACGGAUCCAUAUCAAAUUUACGACCUGGAGGACAAAAUAAUAUACAUAAGACAAGGAAAUCUUGAUCUUGAGACGUAUUACCGUCGAAUCCACGGAUUAUGGGUGAACAUUGAUCGAAGUCAGAAACAGCCUGUAACGUGUUGCGACAAGGGGAUCUGGCAGUAUCGGCAGCACACGAGUGAGAAACGACUCAUCAAAUUCCUCACUGGAUUGAAUCAAGAGUAUGACCACAUCCGUCAGGAGAUCCUGAAGGAACAGCCAUACCCCUCAGUCGAAGAAGCCUACGGAUGGGAUAUUCAGACGAGGAAGAUCAUUGAGCGUGGCACUGAGAACCAAGGACUCUAUUACGUGGAUGGGGUAGCUCAACAUGGCAGUGCAAUGUUGGCUCAAGGAUCCACGAGAGAGGAGGCUUGUCCUUUAAUUGAGGAACCAACAGAGACUAUUGCGGGCAUUGCCGCCAAGCACGCCUCUACACCAGAGUCUACUCAACCACCUCUCGAUCAACCUCAACCAAUAUCCCAGGUAUGCCUCGUACCGAUUUCUGAAGAGAAUGUUGUAGUUGAUACUAACACUGCAGAAGAAGAAGAUAACACCGUCGAUGGUGACACUGGGAAGUAUGUUCUUCCAUAUCGAAGUACUCGAGGCAUUCCCCUAAAACGAUACUCUCCCGAGAAGAUUGGUGCAAAAAGCAGAUAUGGGGUUGCAAAUUUUGUGCAAGGAAAUUUGAGUAAAAUGACAUGA